ACAGCUGAGGCAGCGGCGGCGGCAGCAGCGGCGGCAGCAGCCGGGCUGGGGGCGGCGAGUGGCCCGCGCGACACGCGCCGGCCUCGACCCUAUGCUUUGAUUCGCGUGGCGCAGGCGCCUACUGCCCCGCCGGCGGGGCCCGGGCUUCCUGCCGCGGGAUGUUCUCCCGAAGGAGCCACGGGGAUGUGAAGAAGUCCACCCAGAAGGUGCUGGACCCGAAGAAGGACGUGCUGACCCGCCUGAAGCACCUGCGGGCGCUGCUGGAUAAUGUGGAUGCAAGUGAUCUUAAGCAGUUUUUUGAGACCAACUAUUCUCAGAUAUAUUUCAUCUUCUAUGAAAAUUUUAUAACACUGGAAAAUAGUUUGAAAUUAAAAGGGAAUAAUAAGUCACAAAGGGAGGAGCUGGACUCCAUCCUCUUCCUUUUUGAAAAAAUACUGCAGUUUCUACCUGAACGAAUUUUCUUUCGAUGGCAUUACCAGAGUAUAGGCUCAACUUUAAAGAAGCUUCUACACACUGGAAAUUCUGCUAAGAUAAGAUGUGAAGGAAUCAGGCUGUUUCUUCUGUGGCUUCAAGCACUUCAGACAAACUGUGCAGAAGAGCAGGUGCUGAUUUUUGCUUGCCUGGUGCCUGGUUUCCCAGCAGUCAUGUCAUCCAGGGGCCCUUGCACACUGGAGACACUCAUCAAUCCCAGCCCUAGUGUAGCUGAUGUAAAGAUAUAUCCAGAAGAAAUCACUCCACUCCUGCCAGCCAUAUCGGGGGAGAAGAUUGCUGAGGACCAAACCUGCUUUUUUCUUCAAAUACUGUUGAAGUAUAUGGUUAUUCAGGCUGCAAGCUUGGAGUGGAAGAAUAAGGAGAAUCAAGAUACUGGUUUUAAAUUUCUUUUUACAUUGUUUCGAAAGUAUUAUCUUCCUCAUUUAUUUCCAUCAUUUACUAAGUUAACAAACAUCUACAAACCUGUACUUGACAUCCCCCAUUUGAGACCAAAGCCAGUGUACAUUACUACAACUCGAGACAAUGAGAACAUUUACAGUACAAAAAUUCCAUAUAUGGCAGCUCGUGUUGUUUUUAUUAAGUGGAUUGUAACCUUCUUUUUGGAAAAAAAGUAUCUAACUGCAACACAGAACACUAAAAAUGGAGUUGAUGUAUUGCCUAAAAUCAUCCAGACUGUUGGUGGUGGUGCUGUGCAGGAGAGAGCGCCUGAGCUGGAUGGUGGUGGGCCCAUGGAGCCAGACAAAAGCCAUUCUAACAGCAGCACCCUGUCGGACCGAAGACUCAGUAACUCCAGCCUCUGUAGCAUUGAAGAAGAGCACCGAAUGGUGUAUGAAAUGGUACAGCGGAUUCUCUUGUCAACACGAGGUUAUGUCAACUUCGUGAAUGAAGUAUUUCACCAGGCAUUUUUGUUGCCUUCCUGUGAGAUAGCUGUAACAAGAAAAGUAGUUCAAGUGUACAGAAAGUGGAUUCUCCAGGACAAACCUGUGUUCAUGGAGGAGCCAGAUAGAAAAGAUGUUGCCCAAGAAGAUGCUGAAAAAUUAGGAUUUUCUGAGACUGAUAGCAAGGAGGCCUCGUCUGAAAGUUCUGGUCAUAAACGAUCUUCCAGUUGGGGACGCACGUACUCCUUCACAAGUGCAAUGAGCAGAGGGUGUGUGACAGAGGAGGAAAAUACAAAUGUGAAAGCUGGCGUCCAGGCUUUGUUGCAGGUAUUUUUGACGAACUCUGCAAACGUCUUUUUGUUGGAACCAUGUGCUGAAGUUCCUGUGCUCUUGAAAGAACAAGUUGAUGCUUGUAAAGCUGUUUUGAUUAUUUUUAGGCGCAUGAUAAUGGAGCUUACAAUGAAUAAAAAGACAUGGGAACAGAUGUUGCAAAUACUACUCAGGAUAACAGAAGCUGUCAUGCAGAAGCCAAAGGAUAAACAAAUAAAGGACUUGUUUGCCCAGAGCUUGGCAGGGUUACUAUUUAGGACGCUCAUGGUGGCUUGGAUCCGAGCAAACCUCUGUGUGUACAUUUCUCGAGAGCUCUGGGAUGACUUUCUUGGUGUGCUGUCCUCCCUCACGGAAUGGGAGGAACUUAUAAACGAGUGGGCCAACAUUAUGGACUCCUUGACAGCAGUGCUUGCAAGAACCGUUUAUGGAGUUGAGAUGACAAACCUACCUCUGGAUAAAUUAAGUGAACAAAAGGAAAAGAAGCAACGAGGCAAAGGCUGUGUUCUAGAUCCUCAGAAAGGAACCACUGUGGGGAGAUCCUUUUCUCUCAGCUGGCGGAGCCACCCAGAUGUGACCGAACCGAUGCGAUUUAGGAGUGCCACCACGUCUGGAGCACCGGGAGUGGAAAAGGCGAGAAAUAUUGUUCGCCAAAAAGCAACUGCUAAGCGAAGCCAGUCUAUCAGCAACUGUGUCCACCUUUCUGAGGCUUUGCCUGCCACUAAAAGCGUCCCGCUCCUCCUUCACACCGUGAGCGCUCUCUUACCUGGUCUCUCUUACUCUUCUUGCUCUCACAGGCUGUCAGAAGUAGAGGAGUGUCAACAGUCAGAAAAUGCAUCUGCAGCCGGAUCUGUCUGUCUCACGGUGGGACAGCAGCAGCAGGUCCUUCGGAGCAGUAGCACCUCCGACAUCCCUGAGCCGCUGUGCUCAGAUUCUUCUCAGGGUCAAAAGGCAGAAAACACACAGAAUUUGAGUUCUUCAGAGCCUCAGCCUAUUCAAGAGAAUAAAGGACAUGUGAAGAGAGAACAUGAAGGAAUAACAAUUUUAGUUCGAAGAAGCAGCAGCCCUGCUGAAUUGGAUUUGAAAGAUGAUUUGCAGCAGACACAAGGAAAAUGUAGGGAAAGACAGAAGAGUGAAAGUACCAACAGUGACACAGCUCUGGGCUGUAUCAAUGAGGCGGAGCUGUCCAUGGGCCCAUGGCAGACCUGUGAGGAAGACCCAGAGCUGAAUACUCCCACAGAUGUUGUGGCUGAUGCGGAUGCUCGUCAUUGGUUACAACUGAGUCCCACUGAUGCUUCGAAUUUAACAGAUAGCAGUGAGUGCCUCGCAGAUGACUGUAGUAUAAUCGCCGGGGGGAGCCUCACUGGUUGGCACCCAGACUCUGCUGCUGUGUUGUGGCGAAGGGUUUUGGGGAUCCUUGGAGAUGUGAAUAACAUCCAGUCACCCAAGAUCCAUGCCAGAGUUUUCUGCUAUCUCUAUGAACUCUGGUACAAACUAGCAAAGAUACGGGAUAAUCUAGCAAUAAGCCUGGAUAACCAGUCUUCUCCAUCUCCUCCAGUUUUGAUCCCACCUCUCAGAAUGUUUGCAUCAUGGCUAUUUAAGGCGGCAACACUGCCAAAUGAAUAUAAGGAAGGCAAACUGCAAGCCUACAGGCUGAUCUGUGCCAUGAUGACCAGACGCCAGGACGUUCUGCCAAACUCAGAUUUCCUGGUGCAUUUUUAUCUUGUGAUGCACCUGGGAUUAACCAGCGAGGAUCAGGAUAUCUUAAACACCAUCAUAAGGCACUGUCCACCCCGCUUUUUCUCCCUGGGUUUUCCUGGCUUCUCAAUGCUGGUGGGGGACUUCAUCACAGCCGCUGCCAGGGUCCUUAGCACAGACAUGUUGACGGCGCCUCGUUCAGAGGCUGUCACUGUCCUUGGCUCUCUGGUCUGCUUUCCAAAUACCUACCAGGAGAUUCCUUUACUGCAGUCUGUGCCAGAAGUAAAUGAGGCCAUUACAGGAACUGAAGAUGUCAAGCAUUACCUCAUAAAUAUUUUACUGAAGAAUGCCACAGAAGAACCAAAUGAAUAUGCAAGAUGCAUUGCUGUUUGCUCCCUUGGGGUCUGGAUAUGUGAAGAGCUUGCACAGUGUACAAGCCACCCUCAGGUGAAAGAGGCCAUCAAUGUGAUAGGAGUAACUCUGAAGUUUCCCAACAAAAUCGUGGCCCAGGUAGCUUGCGAUGUGCUUCAGUUGCUGGUUUCCUACUGGGAGAAACUUCAGAUGUUUGAAACCUCUCUGCCUCGGAAAAUGGCAGAAAUCCUUGUGGCCACAAUUGCUUUUCUUUUACCAAGUGCAGAGUACUCCUCAGUGGAAACAGACAAGAAGUUUAUUGUGUCCUUGCUACUCUGCCUCUUGGACUGGUGCAUGGCAUUGCCCGUGAGUGUCCUUCUCCACCCUGUGUCCACGGCAGUCCUAGAGGAGCAGCAUUCGGCCAGAGCCCCCUUGCUGGAUUAUAUCUACAGGGUUCUGCACUGCUGUGUGUGUGGCUCAAGCACAUACACCCAACAGAGUCACUACACACUGACCCUGGCUGACUUGUCAUCCACGGAUUAUGACCCCUUCCUGCCACUGGCAAAUGUGAAGAGCUCUGAGCCAGUCCAGUAUCAUUCAUCAGCGGAACUGGGUAACCUGCUGACUGUUGAAGAGGAGAAGAAGAGAAGAAGUUUGGAGUUGAUCCCCUUGACUGCUCGAAUGGUGAUGGCCCACCUGGUGAACCACCUGGGGCACUACCCCCUCAGUGGGGGCCCUGCCAUACUGCACAGCCUUGUCAGUGAGAACCACGACAAUGCCCACGUGGAAGGCUCUGAGCUGUCCUCUGAGGUGUUCAGAAGCCCAAACCUGCAGCUCUUUGUAUUUAACGAUAGCACCCUCAUCUCCUACCUUCAGACACCCACAGAAGGACUGGCAGGAGGAUCACCAGUGGGCUGUCUCUCUGAUGUGAGAGUAAUUGUGAGGGAUAUCUCAGGGAAGUACUCUUGGGAUGGUAAGGUUUUAUAUGGACCUUUGGAAGGCUGCUUAGCACCCAAUGGAAGAAAUCCUUCAUUUCUGGUUUCCAGCUGGCAUCAUGACACAUUUGGACCUCAGAAAGACUCUUCUCAAGUUGAGGAGGGGGAUGAUGUUCUUGACAAAUUACUUGAAAACAUUGGCCAUACAAGUCCUGAAUGCCUUUUACCAUCACAGCUAAAUCUAAAUGAACCUUCCCUACCCCCAUGUGGCAUGAACUAUGACCAAGAGAAGGAAAUUAUCGAGGUCAUUUUGCGCCAAAAUGCUCAGGAGAAUGAGUAUAUCCAGAGUCAUAACUUCGAUUCUGCAAUGAAAGUCACCAGCCAAGGGCAGCCCUCCCCAGUGGAGCCCCGAGGACCCUUUUAUUUCUGCAGGUUAUUGCUUGAUGACUUGGGAAUGAAUUCUUGGGACAGAAGGAAGAAUUUUCAUCUGUUGAAGAAAAAUUCAAAAUUAUUGAGAGAGCUAAAAAAUUUGGACUCCCGCCAGUGCCGUGAGACACACAAAAUCGCAGUGUUUUACAUUGCUGAAGGUCAAGAAGACAAGUGUUCAAUCCUCUCUAACGAAAGAGGAAGCCAAGCAUAUGAAGACUUUGUUGCUGGACUUGGAUGGGAGGUGGAUCUCUCCACCCACUGUGGGUUCAUGGGUGGCCUUCAGCGCAAUGGCAGCACCGGGCAGACGGCCCCUUACUAUGCUACCUCGACUGUGGAAGUGAUUUUCCACGUUUCCACUCGAAUGCCGUCAGACUCAGAUGAUUCCCUCACCAAAAAGCUUCGUCACUUGGGGAAUGACGAGGUCCAUAUUGUCUGGUCUGAACACUCCAGAGACUACCGCAGGGGUAUUAUCCCAACCGCCUUUGGAGAUGUUUCAAUCAUUAUUUACCCAAUGAAGAAUCACAUGUUCUUCAUCGCGAUAACGAAGAAACCUGAGGUUCCAUUUUUUGGGCCUCUGUUCGAUGGAGCCAUAGUGAGUGGGAAGCUGCUGCCAAGCCUUGUAUGUGCCACGUGCAUCAACGCCAGCAGGGCUGUGAAGUGCCUCAUCCCACUCUACCAGAGCUUCUAUGAAGAGCGAGCUCUGUAUCUCGAAGCAAUAAUUCAGAACCACCGCGAAGUCAUGACAUUCGAGGAUUUCGCAGCCCAAGUCUUUUCUCCCUCUCCCAGCUACUCCCUCAGCGGAACGGUCUCUUAGUGAAAGUGGGCCACUGACAAGAAAUCUGAUAAGAAGCCGGUGUGGAGAAAGGCAGGGGAAGUCAGGAGCCGGCGAAUCCAUAGACGGAGUAACUGAAACUUGAUUCAAGGUGCUUUCGUAGAUGGUCUCGAGGGUCUUAAAGGGAAUUAUCGAUUACCCUGUUUAGCACCAUUUUAGGCUUCGUGCUGCUUCAUCCUUUUGUUCCUUUAAAACUUUUUUACUCUCCUCGGAGUCAGCUCUGGAAGAGAUGAGACAAGCAUUCUUUUCAUUUGCUUGGCUAGAAAAGCGCCGCUGCUGCCUGUCAGAUGUUACCAUCUCUGAUGUGGUCCGUGUUGUCCCUGGAGGCUGCCACUGAGCAGGACUGUGCAGGGCACUUCAGGCAACACAAAGUAAAGCUCUGGGAACCUCAUGCAGGCCUGUGUCUCUCCUUCCCUUGUGAAGCUUGAAGUCUUAUUGGAGAAAAGCAGAUACUCAUGAGCCACAAGAAAUGGCUAUUAAUAAGCCCAGAUAAGUUUCCUCCAAACUAUAACCUGUGUCAAAAAGAUAACCAGCCAGUGGUUUAGGCCAGUUGGGUUGAGAUUUCCCUGAGAUGAACCAUGCCAUUUGCCUUGUGAACUUGAGGAGAAUGAAAACUUGCCUCGUGUGUGUUAGCUAUUCUACUAAGCAUCCUGACAGCCGGUUUGGAACUUCCCCACAUUGCCUAAUGUCUGAGAACUGGAAGGCCCAUGGACAAAAAUAAAAAGAUAGAGGAUAGUAAAUGUGAGAAGAGCAGAGAGAAAGAAACCACAUGUUUCAGAGCCACUGCGGGGACAGUGACAACUCCUGACAACCCUGGGGCUGAUGCUGGGGCUAUUCAUAGGUUCCCAGAAUAAGAAGUGGCCUGAGAUCAUUCAUUUUGAAGUGUCAACCUUGCACUGAAUCUGUUCCUUUGGCGGAACUCUGAAGGUGCAGCUUUUUCUGUGAAAUGCUGCGUUAGGUUCUGGGUUCCCAAUCCUUACAGGGUUUUAAGUGCAGGUGGCAUCUUCCUCCUGCCUGACUGCUAAUUACAGCUCAGGGGAUGCUUUAGCAGUUGCCAAGAGAUGGCUGGCAGGUACCAGGAAUUUUUCUCAGAGACAAUUUUUGGAAAUAACUCUUAAUUAAAGCUUGUUUGAAAUAACCUUGAGAAUUUGUUUCAGAAGAACCUGGAGCUCCCGACACCCCAGGUUCACAUUCCUUGUGAACCGUGACUGUGGCCCUCAAGUCCUCCUGGCUCAGCAGGUGGUGCAUGCACAACCUCAGCUGCUGAGGGGCCUCCUAGAAGACUCUGGUUUUGCUCAAAUUCCUGUUCAGCAACAGCCAAACCAAAGCAGAGGCCAAAUGGAGCCUCCCUUAUUUGCAGUUAAGUCUUCUGACAGAAAGAAGAAAGAAUAUUUUAUACUGUCCUUUUCCAGGAAGCUACAGGAUAAUAACAGGAACUAAACCUGUCAGUAACACAGGUUUUCUCUAUAGAGAAAAGCCAGUUCCUUUUUGCCCGUUAGCCUUGAAAGUCCCUUGAAACAGCCGAAGGAAUAAAAUCCCUUAAAAAUGGAAACAUGCCCAUCCAUUUUGAAAUAAAUAACUUUAUGUAUUUACAUUGAUGUGGCCAAAUUCUCAGUACACAAGCAACCUAGUAGCAUCACCGUGGACAAUGCCGAGAAAGAGUAGGGAAAACCCUGUUUUGUGACCACUUCAAGAAUAUGAGACAAUAGAAUCCAGAUUCAUAGAGGACAUGUUCCACCUACCUGUGCCCCCACGCAGAGGCUCCUCUUGCCUUUCCCGCAGCACUCAGCUGUGACCUGUGGUGGGAACCAGUGGCCUUCACCAUUCCAGCAUCUGUCUUCUCCUGUGUGGGAUUGUGUGAUCUAUGAGAUUGCCUGAGGAUAAGGAAAAGCAAUCACAGGUCUGGCUUGGAAAGGUUCCACUCCCCCAUACCCCUAAUCUCAGGCAAAACAGGAAGUGCGCACACCUUGCCUUGCCAUUGCUGCUGAAUGUGUUUGGGCAGACCCUGCAGUCAGCGUGCAUCCCAGAGCCCAUGCGCUGUCAUUAGGGAAGCCCUGCUUCCUAGCUACAUCCCUAGGGUGCAGAGAAGCAGCUGGAGAAACAGCGCGACUCCAGUUAGCACCACAGCCUCCAGGUAACAUCUGGGCAUGCAGCUUUGUGAGGCCAGGCGCUCCGGACCGGGGUGACAGUCGCUGACCCAACAGCAUCACACAUGAGAGCCCCAGAGGAAAUCAGUCACCACGGAGAAGGAAGGAGGAGACCAGAAGUGGAAAUCUGCAGCCCGCUAGGCUGACUUUGCUCUUUCUCCCACUUACCCAAAGCUAGCAACUUGCUCGAGGCCAAAUUGAGAUAUUAAACCUCAGGUCCACUCAAGACCUGGGGACACAGAGGGACACACCUUUGCUACAAUUUCAGUAGAUGCGAACUGCAGCUUCACUCCUCAGAGCGUCUCAUAAAGCCCACAAAAGUGGGUUUUCAGACAUUCAUCCCAUAAAUGUUUACCAAACACUGAAUAUGCCAGUUGCAGAGAUGGGCAAGACAGACAGCAGCCCUUCCUCCACUGGAGGCUCGCCUUCCAGACUGGCGAGUAGACGAUGGUGUCUGCUCUUAGGAGCUGAAGAGUGCUGAGGAGAAAAGACAACAGGGAAAGAGCCUCGGGAAUGCUACUGAGAAAAACCCAACACACCUGGGGUGGGGGUGCACUUUAAAAUAGGGGGUCAGAGAAGGCCUCCCUGGAAAGGCGGCGUGUGAGAAAUGAUGAGGAGGGAGGGGCAGGAAAGAGCAGGUGGAAGGGCCUGAGGCAGGGACUUUCCCGGCACAAUCAAGGAACAAGGAGCCCAGCCUACUUAGAGCUGAGCAAGCCCGGGUGGGCAGGAGGAACAGGGAGGUCAGAGUGGCCUUGUGGGCAGAGGGCAAGACCUUGGUUCUUGCUCUGGUGAGUUGGGCAGCACACAAAGCCUGUGAAGCAGCAGAGUGCUAUGAUAUGACUCUUCUACAAAGGGCGGUCAGGCUUCAGUGGGGAGGGGGGACAACUUCCAUGACAGUUUACUCGCCAUGUAUUCCCAUCUCCAGACACGCAACAGGCAUGUCAUAUGUGUCUGGUGCAUGAACGGAUGUUAUGCUCAUACAAGAGGUGUUCUGCCUGAACAUUCCCUGGGGGACACUAGAGGGGCCCUCAGCGGUGCCCCCUCACUCCAGCACCACAGAACACAGCCACUAUCCUGGAUUGCGCAGACAGGCAGAACGUGGAGCUCAGCCACAUAUCCCACCCUGCCCUCAAGACCCUGCAGACCCCUGUGAGUUCCAGUGCUCAUGAGUACAGGUGUGCAUGAAGAAUCGCGCAGAUGGCCACCCCCGCUACACAGAAAGCGACUUCAAGAACCUUUAAACACCUCAGUGACACAGAAGGGCAAGGAUGGGAGGCCAAGGCUCCCUAGCUUUUUUUACUCUUACAAAAAUGGUCUCCAGGACUCUGUGAACUGUAACCAUUCUUUAUGUAUGUGUAGAGAUUUGCAAUUUACUGCACGCUUUCCCCAGAGUCCCCCUCCCAUGAGGCAAGAUUGCUCUGACAGUUGAGGAAUGGAGGCAGGCUGGUUUUUCCAUCACCAGGUGGCUGUUCAUGUCCCGACCAUGGCUCGAGCACUUAGGCCUCUUCAUUCUCAGACAGGACUCAUUGCUCCACCCUACAGCCCCCCUGCGUCUCCGUGUCUGCUGUGGGGGACCCACCCACAGGAAUGAACAACCCAGUGGCAGGGAGGAGCCCUUCUUCAGUGGCAGUGGCAAAAUGUUCCUCCCUGAAGGCAGAAAGGACUGUUUUCUAGAAUGUGUGACCUGUACAGUUUUUACAGUGGCAAAGGCACACCCACUUUGGCACAGAAAACUGAGAAAUUUAACUAAAGCGUUGCCUACUUUACAAUUCAAAAGGAGCACCACAGAAAUAAUUCACAUAUAACAAGUAUCUUAAUUAUGGGCCAAAAUUCCUUUCUGAGGACAAGACAAUUUUUAUCAGUGAAACUACCAGACACGUCCAUUGCUUCUGCAGUGUUUCCUCAGACACCUCAGACAAAUACCUAGAACUCACUGUCCUCCCACAAUUACCAUGGAUUUAACUGCUACAUUUUCUUGAGCUGUUGAUUAUUAGGGAAAUUUUUAAAAUAUAGUCCUGAGUGGCGCACACACUCCCAGUGUAUCUUGGGACAAAUCACACGGUAAUCCCGCCUCACUGCCGCAGUCACUCCUGAGUUGUUUUAAAACAGAUCAAUUCAAGUUAGAAUAAGCUUGGGAGACAACCUGGAAGGGAAAACAAGUCACUGAAAGCAGUGUGCCAUCGGUGGGGUGGCCCUCUUUGCUUUGAGGGUGGUGCGAGGCACAGCAGGAGAGGUGCUGGUGGCAUCUGCAGAGCUUCAUAGCUGCCUUCGUUCCCCUGCUUGCCUGGGUGCCCCUGGGGGAUUUUUUUCCGGAAAUCUCUGAGCCAUUUCUGUUGUGUCACUUUUGGAAUCAUGGGAAUAGUAGUGCCACCCAGACCACCUUCUAUUCUAUUUUGCCAUUUUAAAAACCAGCUUGUUGAGAUCUAAUUCACAUAUCAUGCAGUUCAGCCAUAUGAAGUAUACAAGUCAGUGUCUUUGGUCUAUUCAUUAUGUUAUGCAACCAUUACCACAAUCAAAUUCUAUAACAUUUCAUCCCCCUUUAAACAGCCUGCCGAUAGUCAAUCCCCCUUCUCCCCGCCCACCCCUCAACUCUAAACAACCACGAAUCCACUUUUUGUGUCUAUGGACCUGCCCAUUCUGGACAUUUCAUAUAAAUAAAAUCAUCCCAUAUGUGGUCUUUGGUGGCUGACUUCUUUCUCUUAGCAUACUCUUAAGGUGCCUCCAUGUGUAGCCCAUAUCAGUAUUCCAUUUAUUUUUAUUGCCAAAUAUUCCACUGUACGGAUAGACCACAUUUUGUUGGUCCAUUCAUCUGUUGAUGGACAUUUGAGCUGUUUCCACUUUUGGUCACUGUGAAUAUUGCUGCUGGGAACGUUCGGGUCCUGUGUGGCCAUUCACUCAUGUGACUUCAGUCUGGUAAAGUACAGACUUCCCGUGGCUAAGAUGCAGCGGAAAUCUUGGUGCUUAUGUUCUGUGAGAGUGAGAGAGGGUCUGGAAACGUUUCUUUAUGAUGGCCUAACAAGAAAGUUGACACCAAGAUAUUAAUUUUAAAUUUUUAAUUUAGUUUAAUUUAGUAAUAGAGCCACACAAGUACAUUAUAGUCAGGGAAGAGAAAGAAAAAAAUGCCAGGAAAAUUCUUUUACCAAUGAUCCACCUGCUCACCUAGCCCCGGCACGGGAGCAGCACGUAUACAGGCACACGCUUCACGCACUUUCCCUUCUUCCCUCCCUUCCUGCCGGUUCAGCUGUCCCAGGUUUCGGCUUCUGAACCAUGGGUGAUGGGCAAGACCAACAACCAGAAAGAGGAAGCCAAACCCAGAGUCAGAGCCAGGGCCAGGACACAGCCACUGCUGCUGGACUGGAAAUACUGGAAGCCAUCCUUGGGCCAUUUGGAGAUGUUAAUUAGGCUGGCUAAUUCCCACUGGCCUUGGGUUGCCAGUGUUGAGUGUGUGGGCUUACCCCAUCCACUGCCUGCACCUGUUCCCUUCCUCAGAGCCAUUCCAAGGGAUCUGAAUAGCCCAGACAGCUCUCUGAUCUCCCACUCUGUCCGCCUUCCUGCUGGUAGGAUAUUUAGCACUUGCCUAAAGCUGGAGCCCUAGUCCACUCUUUCUCUCCCUCAUCCAUGCCAGCUCUCAAAAUAAUUCUCUUUCCUAAUUAUCUUGAACCAGCUAAUCAUUUUCCACACUGACUGUUCAGUAACCAGGAUCCAGAGACAGGCAGCCGCGUUUCUUGUCUGACCCUGCCCAGCAUCAUCCCAGGUGGCAGUUCUGGAUGGCAGCCUUUCCUCAGAGGCAAGAAGCUUGGUUCAAAGCCUUGCUCUCUUGCUAUCCCAGUGAGUACAGCUGGAGAAAGCAUGCCAUAGAAAGGCCCACCAAUUCCUGGAGCGCCUCUGCUAGGCGGAGCCGCACACAACACAACACAUGUCCAGCCAGCCUCUUGUUUCCUGUCCUGCUUUAAAUCCCUGUUGAUAUCCAGAGUAUCAGAGAAGUCACACAAGGCGGAAGAAGCAAGACAUCUUUCUUCAGAAGUGACUUCUGGAUUCCUCCAGCUCAACUCUGCAUCUGAGCCGCCAGUUGGCCACAGUUUGGCCUUUUGGUGUCUGAGUUAAACCGUUAAGGGCUGUCCCUGAGGAGUCUUGCUCAACUGCUCUUAGAUAUGAGUGGGGCUGGCUUCGAUUCCCAGCCCCACAAAUAGGUAAAAAUGACUUCGAAUGUAAAACACACAUUAACCCUAUAACCCAGUGUCACAACUCUUUUUUUUUGGGGGGGGGGAGGAACAGAGUUUUGCUCUGUUGC